AUUCCGCAGAUAUCGACUUAACAACACUGAAUUACCGUAAUGCCAAGAAUGAGACUAUUUUAAUACCCCUGAAGGGAUGUCCAUAUCGGGUCUUUCCGGCGUCAUGUGGGACCACGAUAAAAAAGGGUGUUCCUCAUACGCAUUGAGUCGUCGCAAGUUGGCAGUUAACAGGCGGGGUUAGCUGGAAGUGUAUUUUAUUGCGUCUUAUCUAUCCAUUGGUGCUGGACCACUGACCGACUUAGAUGUCCGAAUAAUAGUGUUGGUGGGCAAGAGGACGGACCAUGAAGGAGAACAGGGCAUUUUUACUAUGGAUUACAACGGUCUCUCUUGUAGAGUGCACACGAAUACUGUCACAUGUGGAGCGUUAUGAUGUUAUGGUUCCUCAAAGGCUGCACACCAGAGAAAAGCGGAGUCUCUUUACAGAUAAGCUCUACCCUGAUGUGCUAGGAUAUGAAUGGACCAUUGAUGGAAGGAACCACACAAUUCAUCUCGAAAAAAAUAGCCAUCUCCUUGGUAGAAAUUACACUGAAACUAACUAUCUGGAAGAUGGAAGUCGUGUUACGACCCCAGGCAGUCAGGACCACUGCUAUUACCAGGGCCACAUCGAAGGCAUGAUGCACUCAUCAGUCAGUGUGGACAUCUGCCAGGGCAUUAAGGGCUUCAUAAGGGCUAGGCAGCAGGUGUAUUUCAUCGAGCCCCUGGGAGGCACUGAAGAUGGGGAUCACGCUGUGUACCGACCCGAGCACCUCAGAGUCAGCAGUAGCAGCAGUAGCAGUAGUAGUAGUAGUAGUAGUAGUAACAGUAGUGGUAGUAGUAGUAGUGGUAGUAGUAGCAGUAGUGGUAGUAGUAGCAGUAGUAGUAGUAGUAGUAGUAGUAGUAGUAGUAGCAGACGUAGUAGUAGUAGUAGUAGUAGUAGUAGUCCUGGAUCCAGAUCCUCUCCCAGCAGCUCAGAGGAUUAUGAGACGGACCAUGACCUGGGACCAAGGCUAUCAGGUCUCUUCAAGUCCAAAUCCUGGAAAAGAGAUCAAACUCCCAGCUCCCUGCGGUUUGUGGAGUUGAUCGUUGUCGUCGACAACGCAGAGUAUAUUAUAUUUGGAAGCCAGACAAGAGCCCGGGUUUUAGGAGCUGUAAAUCACAUUGACAAGUUGUACCGAACGCUAGGCAUUCGCAUUGUGCUGGUGGGUCUGGAGAUAUGGAACUACAGGAACUACAUCGACCUAGACCCCAACUCAGAGACCACCCUGGACCGGUUCCUUCUGUGGCGCCAAACCGACCUUCUGAAGAGGACACCACAUGACAACGCCCAGUUUGUCACUGGCGUCGAUUUUGAAGGCGACACCGUCGGUUUGGCAAACAAGUUUGCCAUGUGUACGGGAAAUUCAGGCGGGGUCAAUCAGGAUCACCAUGACAACCUAAUUGGCCUGGCGUCCACCAUUGCCCAUGAGAUGGGUCAUAACUUUGGCCUUUCCCACGACUCACCGGAUUGUGCGUGCAAAUCGUCGCUCAUCGGUGGCACCUGUGUCAUGGCCGACAAGCUCAGAAAAGGAUCCCUGGCCUUCCCCGAGUUCUUCAGCAGCUGCAGCGAGGUGCAGCUCGCCGAGUUCCUGGAGAGAGCUCAGCCCAACUGCCUGUCCAGUCCCACCGGCGCCGACGCCAUCGUCAUCGGCCCGCGCUGCGGGAACGCCAUACUGGACGCGGGCGAGGACUGCGACUGUGGCACCGCAGAGGAGUGCAGGAAUCCUUGCUGCGACGCAACGACGUGUCGUCUGGCCAUGGGCUCCCAGUGUGCUCAUGGAGAAUGCUGUACCAACAGCUGCCAGUUCAAAGAGGUGGCCAGCGUGUGUAGGGGGGCGGCCGGGGAGUGCGACCUACCCGAGUACUGCACCGGCCUGUCGGAGAAGUGCCCCGAGGACAGUUUCGUGAUGAACGGGAAGCCCUGCCAAAACCAAGACCGCGGCUUCUGCCACGACGGCCAGUGCCCCACUCACAGCCACCACUGCUGGAGGCUGUUCGGAACAGCUGCCACGGUGGGAUCAGAGGGCUGCUUCGACCUGAACAGGAAAGGGCAGGAUGAGGCCCACUGUGGGAGGAACAGAUACGGCUACAUCCCCUGCACCCCCGACAAUGUAAUGUGCGGCUCCAUCUUCUGCGAGGGAAGCGGUGACUCCAUCACGGGGAAAAAAGCGGUGUUCACCAUGCCGGGCAAGGCCUCGUGCCUGGUGGUGGUGGACGACGAGGGGAGCAGGCACCUGGACAUGGUGCCCGCCGGGAGCCGAUGUGGACACAAUAAGGUCUGCAUCAACAACCAAUGUGUGGACACGUCGGUGUACGGACUCGAGGACGAUUGCUCUAGGAAGUGCAACAACCGAGGGGUGUGUAACCACAAGAAGCAGUGCCACUGUGAUCCGGGCUGGGCGCCUCCUUACUGCGAGGAGCAGUACGUGGACCAGCACCAAGACCAAAGCGCGUUGAUCGGUGGCGUGGUUUCAGCGCUGGUCAUUCUCUUGGUAUUCAUCGCCGUGGCGAUAGGACUGAUCUGCUGUAAGAAGCGCAGGAAGGAGAACUACCCUUCCAAAAGGAAGGUCCACUACACUCCGGGGAAGCUGAACCCCAUGUUCCAGGAGCAGGUCUCUAAUGGCAAACUGCAGAUCAGCGCGCCUACCUUCAUGGACAGCACGGCCACACACGCCUGCACCCCUCUGUUUGUGAGCGGGGUGCCCUGCCGGCCUGCCCCUCAGCCGCCACAGAAAUCAACAGAGUCGAACGCUGCUCAAUCUGAGUCGCUGAAAACAGAACCUCCUUGUAGAUCCCCACCGCCCUUGAAUAGCAAGCAGUGUUUACCAUCCAAAACGAUUGCGCCACCAGUGAUGACCUCAGAGAAGUACUGCCCUUCUCCUGAUCACUCAAUAAAGUCCAGCCCUUCUCCGGUAUUGUCCAGUUCAUCACGGGUCUCCUCAGCCAAGCCCAGCCCCCCACCGACCCCGUCAGCAAAGCCUACUCCUUCUAUAUACCGUCCAGUCAUUUCCAGUCCACGACUAGUUCACCAAGUCCACUGCAGUCCUUCUCUGGUCCGGUCCAACCCUCCACCCCCAGUCCCCCCAGUCAAACCCAGUCCUUCUCUGGUCCGGUCCAAUCCACCACCAGUCCCUUCUACGAAGCCCAGUCCUUCUAUGAUCCGGUCCAACCCUCCACCACUCCCCCCAGUCAAGCCCAGUCCAUCUCCCGUCCGUCUAGUCAAAUCCAGCAGUGCUUCCCCCAUACCUCCAGUGAAGCCAUCCUCUUUCAAGGCAUGAAUGUCCACAGAGGUGUGUCUUCAUCUCAGUGAGUGAUGCUGCUACUCUGCACGGUUCCAUGUAUUUAACCCCCUUAUAGAGUGUAUUGUACAGCCUCUCCUGCUGGCCCAGAAAGGCUUCAAGGCAAAGGCGGACAAUUGGCAGGACCCAGGGUUCUGAAGAAGAGCUUCCUGUGAGCAGCAACAACCGGAAGUCACAAUAAGUCUUGUAUGACUUGCGCUUAUACAAACAUUGUGGAACCCAUUUAAUGAUCAAAGACUGAUUUGCUUAUUUAUUUAAGAGGAGGAGAAGAAAGUUCCUUUUGAAGAGCCGUCUUUAUUAUGCACCUUUUUUAAUGAGAAAGGAGACUCUUUCAUACAUGCAUGUUAUUUUUUCUGCUCAUUUGGUUCAAACGGCAGUCUGUGCCUUACAAAAUCUACUCCUUGCUUCUGCAGACGUGCUUCUACACUUCCUAAAACUCAAUGGUACCGGCGUUUUUUUUUCACUUUUCUCAUGAAAUAAUUUGUUCUUUUGCCGUAACCUUUAAAGCAUUCCCAUCUCUACUUGUGUUGCAACUAUGCCUCCAUGACUUGGUGGCAACUAGACGAACCUGAUGAACCAAAUCGUCCGUGUUCUGGCAGCCAGCGGCCUAUUGGUCUGUGGAGUAUAAUGAUCAUGAGCUCAACGCCUGAGAAGGACCAUAGAGCUUCCAGUACAGUCACUUCAGUGUUAUUGGCAGAUGCUCCACAAUAGAGCAGUGUGUUUAUAUGCCUCAUGUAUGUACGUCUAUACGGAUGAGAAAAUGAAUGUAUUUACGGGGUAAAACAACCACACUUGAAACACUUGAGAAUCUUUGUACACCUCGGCAAAGUGCCGGACGUGCGAGACACGGGAAAAACGAUUUACACGAGGAGCACUUUAGCACUGCUUCAGUCGUGUUAUAAAGUUGACUCAUUGAUAAAUCUUAAAAGUGCAUUUUCUCAUGUUUUUUUGUUAGUCUCAAAGGAGCUCUGAUUUCUUUGUAAAUCACCAGUUUGUACAUGUGUGUUUUGUACAAAAGAGUCAGUAUUAAGUCAAAAAAAAAUCAAAUCGAAAUUGAAUGAUGUGUUACACUCAGGGUUGGCUAGUAACACUUCACAUGUUUAAGCCUUCAUCCAGUAUUCUGCAUUCCUUUGCCUCAUACCUUUCCAGUGGGAGUAUAUAGUGUUAAGUGCAUAUCAAAGGGCGGAAAAGCCAGUGUUCCAGUGUGUACUUCACUGCAUAAACAGUUUCUUCUCAUUACAGUUUUGCAACCCGUAAUGUAAACACAUGAGAUGAAGUAGAAGUCGAUAUAAACAGUACUGCUUGUGAAAACAGAACCAGCUCUUCAUCAGCUGGGAGAAAUAGAUCUGAGGCUCCUUGAAACGUUGAUCAAUUUCUAUUGCAUACACCAAUGUCAAAUGUAGGCCUAAUCGUUAUUGUUUCAUAUCCCCCGAUGAGGCAAGAAGGUGUAUGAACGCAACCUUGUGUCUCGAGUACAGCCACUGCUAAUGAUUACAACAACCCUAUGGUCUCAAAGAGUCCCCACCGUGGGAUGAGCUGAUGGGCUGCACAGGGAUUACAUCAGCAGUUUUACAUUUCUCUUUGUAGCCCGCUAAACAGUGAUCCACAUCCUUAUCCUUUUCAAAUCCUUUUUUCACAUAACAGCUGUCCAAAUAAGGACAGCACACAAAGAUAGAUGGAUAGACAAUGAUGUGCCUUAACUCAACUGAGCACAAGCGAGAGGAGUAUCUCGUGCGCCAAUGUUUUUUUGUAUUACUGCAUAAAUUCAACUGAAGUGAAACAUUUUGCAAUGGAAAUAAAAGACGAUAUCUCUUA